CUCCAUCUGUAGGACGUUGCUCCUCCGGGGAGUCACAGACGCAUGUGCUUGUUUCUAUCUUUGUGCAACCGACAUGGGACCGGGCCUGAUGCCAAUCCGUACCACCACCACCCACAGAAAUAUAGUAUCAUCCCAACACGCGACCACUGUAGGACAGACCAACUCCCAUCCCUGCAACCCAUGCCCGACGCCUCUCCAUCCACCACCCACCUCGACCAGGAAUCCGGAUCUAGGUCGAGGUGCGCGUGCACGUCACCGAGUAGUCGGUGGACCGCACGAUGCCCGAUGGCGCAUCGACCGCGUCGUGCUUGGCCAUCUCCUGCACCCCUUCGACGUCCUCCAGGCUGUCCGAUCCGGUCCCGGUCCCCUCGGGCGGCGCCAUGCUGUUCAGCGUCGUCAGGUAGUCCCAGUUGCGGAUCACCUUCUUGCGCGAUGCGCUGACCGGGUCGCUGCCGUCCUGGGGCGUCCCCUUGUUGGGCCCCCCGCUGGCGUGGCGGCGACUGCCCCCCAGCAGCUGCCGGAAGAGUACUCCCCCGCCAUGCUCCGCGCCCAUGAGUUCUUACGCCAGCAGGGCUGGCAGCAUGACAUCCGGCUGCGGAGCAACCCCUACACCCUGGUGCAUGACUGCGAGGGACAGACCAUGUUCGAGCACAUCUCCCAGAGCCCGGCGCGGGCCACACGGCUGAACGAUGCCAUGGUGGCCGAAGAUUCCCUGUUGGCGGAGAUCGGGCUGUAUCCCUUCGCCCAGGCCUUGGGGCCCCUGGCGCAUCCAGACACCCCCACCAUCAUCGACGUGGGCGGAGGCCGUGGCCACAUCCUGAAGCAGCUCCGGACGAGCCUGCCAGACCUCCCGGGCCGGUUCAUCUUGCAGGACCGGGCCAGUGUCCUGGCGGACAAUGGGCCGGACAUGACGGCCCACGCCAUCGAACCGAUGGCCCAUGACUUCUUCCAGCCCCAGCCGGUCCAGGGAGCGCUCGUCUACUACAUCCGCCGCGUGCUGCACGACUGGCCCGACGACGAGGUACGGCAGAUCCUGACGCACCUGGCCGCGGCCAUGGACCGCGAAACCUCCCGGAUCCUGAUCACGGAGACGAUCAUCCCCGAGGUGGGCGCGACGGCGACGAACGCCUACAUGGACCUCACCAUGAUGACGUUUGGGGGGAGGGAGCGGACGGCGAAGCAUUUUGCCCAGCUGCUCGAUCUCGCGGGACUGAGGCUGGCCCACGUGUGGAAGGCGUCGGGGGUGCCCAUGGUCGUUGUGGAAGCGCGACUGAAGUGAUCCCUGCCCCUGAGUGGGUGGAGUGAUGUUUCUGUUCUCCUGGCGUUGCCCUAGUCGGACAGGGACGGUCGCUUUGCUGAGUGUAUGGAGGAAUCGGUUGGCUGUGGAGGGUAGAUGAUACAGG